GCUGCUGCGGCGGCGGCGGCGGCGCACUGGCCGUCAGGACUGCGGACAGUCGGGCGCUUCGGGGUUUGAAUGGCUGCGACCCGGGGCCCUCAGCUCACCUGAAAACCGGUUGCCCAGCGCUACGAGAUGCCGUCGGGAGGCGACCAGUCGCCGCCGCCCCCGCCGCCUCCUUCGGCGACCGCGGCCUCGGAUGAGGAGGAGGACGACGCGGAGGCGGAGGACGCGGCUCAGCCGGCUGCGUCGCCGGCCCCUCAGAUCCAGCAGCGGUUCGACGAGCUGUGCAGCCGCCUCAACAUGGACGAGGCGGCGCGGGCCGAGGCCUGGGACAGCUACCGCGCCAUGAGCGAGAGCUACACGCUGGAGGGAAAUGAUCUUCAUUGGUUAGCAUGUGCCUUAUAUGUGGCUUGCAGAAGAUCUGUUCCAACUGUAAGCAAAGGGACAGUUGAAGGAAAUUAUGUAUCUUUAACUAGAAUCCUGCGCUGUUCAGAGCAGAGCUUGAUUGAAUUUUUUAACAAGAUGAAGAAGUGGGAAGACAUGGCAGACCUACCCCCACAUUUCAGAGAACGUACUGAAAGACUAGAAAGAAACUUCACAGUUUCUGCUGUAAUUUUUAAGAAAUAUGAGCCAAUUUUCCAGGACAUUUUUAAAUAUUCCCAAGAAGAACAACCUCGUCAACAAAGAGGAAGAAAACAGCGGCGGCAACCUUGUACCGUGUCUGAAGUUUUCCAUUUUUGUUGGGUGCUUUUUAUCUAUGCAAAAGGUAAUUUCCCCAUGAUUAGUGAUGAUUUGGUCAAUUCUUAUCAUCUUCUGCUCUGUGCUUUGGAUUUAGUAUAUGGAAAUGCCCUGCUAUGUUCCAAUCGCAAAGAACUUGUCAACCCUAAUUUUAAAGGCCUCUCUGAAGAUUUUCAUACUAAAGACUCUAAACCUUCCUCAGACCCACCCUGUGUCAUUGAAAAACUCUGUUCCUUACAUGAUGGGCUAGUUUUGGAAGCAAAAGGAAUAAAGGAACACUUCUGGAAACCUUAUAUUAGGAAACUGUAUGAAAAAAAGCUCCUUAAGGGAAAAGAAGAAAAUCUUACUGGGUUUUUAGAACCUGGGAACUUUGGAGAAAGUUUUAAAGCCAUCAAUAAGGCCUAUGAGGAGUAUGUUUUAUCUGUUGGGAAUUUAGAUGAACGGAUAUUUCUCGGAGAUGAUGCUGAAGAGGAAAUUGGAACUCUCUCAAGGUGUCUAAAUACUGGCUCAGGAACAGAAACUGCUGAAAGGGUGCAGAUGAAAAACAUUUUGCAACAGCACUUUGACAAGUCUAAAGCACUUAGAAUCUCCACACCACUUACUAGUGUGAGGUAUACUAAGGAUAAUAGCCCUUGUGUGACCCCAGUUUCUACAGCUACACAUAGCUUGAGUCGUCUGCACACCAUGCUUGCAGGUCUCAGGAAUGCACCAAGUAAGAAACUGGAACACAUCCUAAGGACAUGUUCCAGAGAUCCAACCCAAACUAUUGCCAACAGAUUGAAAGAAAUGUAUGAAAUAUAUUCUCAGCAUUUCCAACCAGAUGAAGAUUUGAGUAACUGUGCUAAAGAAAUUGCCAGCAAACAUUUUCGUUUUGCAGAGAUGCUUUACUAUAAAGUAUUAGAAUCUGUUAUUGAGCAGGAACAAAAACGGCUGGGAGACAUGGAUUUAUCUGGCAUUCUGGAGCAAGAUGCAUUCCACAGAUCGCUCUUAGCCUGCUGCCUUGAGGUUGUCACUUUUUCUUAUAAGCCUCCUGGGAAUUUUCCAUUUAUUACUGAAACAUUUGAUGUGCCACUUUACCAUUUCUAUAAGCUCUUUUUGAAGGAUGACAAUGCUUUACAGGUCAUGCCACCUCAGAAUCUGGAAAGAGGAGAUGAAAUUUGUAUUGCGGGCUCACCUUUGACUCCCAGAAGAGUGAGUGAAAUCCGUACUGAUACUGGAGGACUUGGAAGAAGCAUAACAUCUCCACCUACGUUAUACGAUAGGUACAGCUCUCCAACAGUCAGCUCUACCAGAAGGCGACUAUUUGUUGAUAACGAUGGCCCUUCUGAUGGAGGAGCAGCCGGACGCAUCGCCCCACAGCCCCUAGUCAGUGCUGUGCCCAUGCAGAAUGUAUCUGGGGAAGCUGUUUCUGUCACACCAGUUCCUGGACAGACUUUGGUUACCAUGGCAACAGCCACUGUUACGGCCAACAAUGGACAAACAGUGACCAUUCCUGUACAAGGCAUUGCCAAUGAGAAUGGAGGGAUAACAUUCUUCCCUGUCCAAGUCAAUGUUGGAGGGCAGGCACAAGCGGUAACUGGUUCUAUCCAGCCCCUCAGUGCUCAGGCCCUGGCUGGAAGUUUAAGCUCUCAACAGGUGACAGGGACAACCUUGCAAGUCCCUGGCCAGGUAGCCAUUCAACAGAUUUCUCCAGGUGGACAACAGCAGAAACAGGGCUCACCUUUAAUCGGCAGCAAUAUCAGGCCCAGGAAGACCAGUUCUUUAUCACUUUUCUUUAGAAAGGUUUACCACCUAGCUGGUGUCCGCCUUCGGGAUCUUUGUGCUAAACUGGAUAUCUCAGAUGAGCUGAGGAAAAAAAUCUGGACCUGCUUUGAAUUCUCUAUAAUUCAAUGUCCUGAACUUAUGAUGGACAGACAUCUGGACCAGUUGUUGAUGUGUGCCAUUUAUGUGAUGGCAAAGGUCACAAAAGAAGACAAGUCCUUCCAGAAUAUCAUGCGUUGCUAUAGGACUCAACCACAGGCCAAGAGCCAGGUCUAUAGAAGUGUUUUGAUAAAAGGGAAAAGGAAAAGAAGAAAUUCUGGCAGCAGUGACAGCAGAAGCUAUCAGAAUUCUCCAACAGAACUAAACAAAGACACUGCCGCGAGUAGAGAUUCCAGUCCAGUCAUGAGAUCAAGCAGCACCUUGCCAGUUCCACAGCCCAGCAGUGCCCCUCCUACACCAACUCAUCUCACAGGCGCCAACAGCGACAUGGAAGAGGAGGAGAGGGGAGACCUCAUUCAAUUCUACAACAACAUCUACAUCAAAAAAAUUCAGACGUUUGCCAUGAAGUACUCACAGACAAGUGUAAUGGAUGCACCUCCACUCUCUCCAUAUCCAUUUAUAAGAACAGGCUCUCCUCGCCGAGUACAGCUAUCUCAAAAUCAUCCUGUGUAUAUUUCCCCACAUAAAAAUGAAACAAUGCUCUCUCCUAGAGAAAAGAUCUUCUACUACUUCAGCAAAAGUCCUUCAAAGAGAUUGAGAGAAAUUAACAGUAUGAUAAGGACAGGAGAAACUCCAACCAAAAAGAGAGGGAUUCUUUUGGAAGAUGGAAGUGAAUCACCUGCAAAGAGAAUUUGUCCAGAAAAUCAUUCUGCCUUAUUACGCCGUCUCCAAGAUGUAGCUAAUGAUCGAGGUUCCCAUUAAGGUUGGUCUAUUGGACUGAAAGUCUUCACACUGUCUAGGAGUGCCAUUUAAUGUGUGCUGGACCAUAAGGGUCUUUAAUUCUUUCCAUAUCUUUUACUCAUUCUGCCUUUCCCUUCACUUUUUACAAGUAGUGCUGAGGAUAAGACAUGAGGUCUGCUGAUAAGUCCCAACAGAGGAGCUCUAUUUUAAUUCAUUCCUGUUUUGUAGUCAGCUCUGGCCCACAUGAGAAACCAAACUAUUUUGUCCUAAAACACAUGGUAGGAAUGAGAUUUUUGCAUCCCUACAAAUCUGUUUCUCUCCCCAUUUAAGUGUGAGCAGUGUUUGAUUACUCAGUGUGCAAUGUGUGAGUGAAUUUAUGUAAGAAGUGGCACUUUAGGGCUGUAAAAAGCAUGACUCUUGUCACCCAGAUUUUGCUGUAUAUUUGCAAUAGCACUUUCUAUAAUGUGAACUUUAUUAAGUACAAGGCUUCAUACUUUUUAAAAAGCCCCACUAACCACCUUUUGGGCAUAUUUUUAAAUCCUCUAGUCUUUUGUUAUGUAGGGAUCAGCUGGCUAGGUAAAGAUUUUAAAUCAAGUUGAAUCAAGAAGAAUUAUGACUUCUUCCUUCAUAGGUAGAUGUCUAAAAGAUGUGUCUAUUAAAGCGGUAUAUUUAAAAAUAUCCUUGCUUAUGUCCCUGCUAGUUAAACUAGGUUCAAGAAUUUAGCUUUUAUUAGUACAUGGUACCAUUUAUACAAAUUAGAAAAGUUAUUUAACUGCUAUUAUCUACAUUUAUUAAUCACUAUUGUUUUAGCAAUUUUAAAUAGAGGAAAUUCAAUUAUAAAUUGAAUCAGUAUAAACAAAGUUACUAGGUAACUUCAUAUUGCUUUGAAACUUACACACUGUUCAACUAGAAUAGUGUUCUGCAAAAAUAUUUAUAUAUAAGCCUUCAAGAUACUUACUGCUACUGUAAUUUUUAUAUGAAAAUAAGUAUUUUUCAAUAAAACAUUUGUAAGUUAA